UGCUGUCGAGUUGUCUGUGGCAGCUGCUAGCACUUAGCUCUUCCUCUUCAUUACAAGCCUUUGUCGUUGACAGACCACUAUGAAAUCAUCUGAUUUGGUUCUUAGUUAGCUAUCCGAUACGAUAAGAACGGAAGACAAACGGGCCAGUUGCACAGCAGUUUUAGUGUGAGUGACUUGGACAACAACAAUGGGGAAGAGGAGGGUGCCAGAUCUGUACAGAGCCCCCUUUCCCUUAUACUCCGUUAAAGUGGACCCUCAAACAGGGCUGGUGAUCACAGCAGGAGGAGGGGGGGCUUCCAAGACAGGCAUAAAGAAUGCUGUGCACUUCCUGGAUCUACAGCUGGUUGGAGAACACAAGUACAGUGCCAGUCUCCUUCACGCUCAUGAUACUGACACCCGGGCCACCAUGAACAUGGCUGUGGGGGAUGGUGUGAUUGCUGCGGGACAGGAUGGGACCUGCUGUCUGAUGAGGUUUAAACACAGCACACAGAAAGAAGGCGGCAAAGCUGCUGCUAAAGAUGGGGGAAGUGGCGUGCAGCAGGGUAACGCCAGGCGACGAGCUGGAAAAGGAGAGAAAGGUGGACAGGAAGAAGCUGCAGCAUCUGGAGACACAUCAGCUAUGAAGGAUGAGACGGCUCGUAUCUCUGUGAGCGAUUUGGCCAAAGUCCAGUCAGACUUGAACCCAGAGGACCCGCUUCAGAAGGUGGUCAGGUUCAGCUCUGAUCUGAGCCUCCUGCUGACUGGAGGCACAGAUGGACACAUACGAGUCUGGGAGUUUCCUUCCCUAAAGAAGAAGUUGGACUUUAAAGCACAUGACGGGGAGAUUGAAGACCUGGAUAUAAGUCCAGGGAACAAGCACCUAGUGACAGUGGGCCGGGACUUCUCCUGCAGCAUGUGGAGUGGCAGCCAGCUGGCUAUGAGUCUUAAGUGGCUUGAAACCAUGCCUCAGAUAGCUGAGAAGACUUAUCGAUAUAUGUCUUGCAGGUUUGGAAAAGUAGAAGACCAAAAAGAUGCCCUGAGGCUUUACACAGUCCAGAUUCCUCAUAAAAGAGAUAGAAAACCUCCUCCUUGCUACCUCACCAAGUGGGACGGCAAGAGCUUCCUGCCCAUGCUGACGGCUCCCUGUGGGCCUGAGGUCAUCUCCAGCCUGGCAGUUAGUGACUCUGGAACAUUUCUUGGCCUUGGGACUGUGACAGGAUCAGUGGCCAUCUACAUCGCUUUCUCCCUACAGAAGCUAUAUUAUGUCCAGGAAUCCCAUGGCAUCGUUGUGACAGACCUGGCUUUCCUGCCCAGCUCCCUGAAAGGCAGAAAUAUCAAAGGGAACAAUGAAACAGCCAUGCUGAGUGUCGCUGUGGACAGCCGCAUUCAAGUACAUGCUGUCCAUAACCGAAGAUCCUUUCCCAUAUGGCUGGUGCUGUUCCUCUGUGGCCUCAUGGUGGUGGGAGUUGUCCUCCUCCUACAGAAUCUCUUUCCAGGAUUUAUAUAAAUCAUGCAAGUGUUCACUCAAGUCUUUAGACGACUUCCAUUGCAACUGUUAACAUCAGCAGUCAUCAGUGGAGCACCCAAAGCUCUCAGUGCUGCUGAGCCUAUGAGGCUCCUCCAGCUGCAGCGCUGACUGAGCAGCUCCUCCGGUGCCCUGACAUCAUGAUCCUCCUCCUCCUCGGCUCUGACUCAGGGAGCUCCUCUCACAUCUGCAACCAAGUGAAUCACACCAGGACAGACUGUGAGAUUUUAUUUGUUUUGAUCUCGAUCUAUUAUUCUUAAUUGUUUUUGGAUCCAUGUCGGAGAGCUGAAGCGCUCAGGUUCAUGAAUAUUUAAGGGUGGGAUCUUUUUAUUGACAUAUUUAAGGAACCAUGUAAAAAUAUAGAAAUGAUUGGCACUUAAUGUGUCUGCUUUUGUUUUUGUUUACACACAGACACUUUGAAUUAGACAUUAGCCUCUUUGAAGAACAGCUUUUUAUGUGUUUUUCAUUUGGUCCAGCAGUGGGCAGCAGAGAGCAGAAAGCUUACAGUGAAACAUGGAUUUCUUGCUGUACAUGAAGGUGUUUUGAAUCCACACAUACAGCUCCGUGCUUUGACUCUGACAGGGUGCCCAGUGUUAGGUAAAUGUUUCAGCACAAUGGUGCAACAUCCUCAAUAAAUGUAAGAUCAUUUCAUAUCACAAGAAAACAGAUAUGUGAGUGAAGUUGCUGUGAGCAUAUUAGAAGCAGGCAGUUUGUGUAAACUUAAAAUGUUAUAACAGCAAAAGAUGGAUAUUACUUAAUUUUAUGAAGACAUUUAAAUGAAACAUCUCACUGCAAAUGUUGCCCAGCAAAUGUUAAAAAAUAUGAAGACAGUUUUUAAAUCAUGCCCAUAUUAUUGUAACUAACUUGGUGAAAUGAAAAAGAAAGAAAUAAAAUGUUGAUGAGAAAGGCAGCAAAAAAAA